AUGGUCUCCGUACUCAUCGUAGGCGCAACCCGAGGCUUCGGGGCGUCUUUGGUGAAGCAAUACGCCUCGGAUUCCUCGAAUUCGGUGUACGCAACGACCCGAUCCGAGUCUGGACCCGACGGGUUCCCAGACAGCGUCAAGUGGCUAUUCAAGGUCGAAUUGACGAAGCCGAACGUGGGCGAGGAACUCACCAAGCAGCUUCAAGGCCAGAAGCCCUUCGACCUCGUGAUCAUAAGCGCCGGCCGCUUCACAACCGAAUCCUUUAGCGCCAACCCCUCCGAAGGCCCCAACUGGACCGAAGAACUAACCAUGUACACGACGAGCUCCAUCGCGCCCGUCUUCAUCGUGCACCAGCUCUUCCACUCCAAACUGCUCUCCUCUGGAUCAAAGGUAAUCCUCGUCUCAAGCGAGUCCGGGAGCAUCACCCUGAGGCACGAAAGCGAGGGAGGCGGGAACUAUGCCCACCAUGCUAGCAAGGCGGCGCUGAACAUGGUGGGGAAGCUGUUGAGUCUGGAUUUGAAGGACGCGGGUGUGGUGGUGAGUGUGGUGCAUCCGGGGUUCAUGAGGACGGAGAUGACCAAGGGGGUCGGGUUUGAUAAGUAUUGGGAUAACGGAGGUGCUGUGACCCCCGACGAGGCGGCCGAGAGUAUGAUCAAGUGGGCGGAGACGCUUGAUAUGAGCAAGUCGGGCGAGUAUUGGGCUCCGCGAGGUCCACGUGAUAUUGGUACAGCGGAGCCGGUCCUCGGCAAAGGGCUGUCCACCCCCAUGAAGCUUCCCUGGUGA